UUGCCAAUAGUGACAGUUCAUAGAGUUCCACUUUCAAUCUUACUCUCUGAGGUAGAUUUUAUCAAAUCAGUGCAUUCCAAUUCUUGAUACAUGGCUGGAUGAAAAGAAGAAAAUUAGAAAAGUUCUGAUAUAAGCCUGGAGGAAAUCAAGAUUGGGGCAAAAUAAAAGUGAAAAUCCAGCCUCUAUUUCACGAAUACCUGCAGGAUUAUUGGUCCUACAGCGAUGGGUCUUUGGCAGCUGUUGUUAACCUUGGCACUGGCGGGCUCAAGCAAUGCUUUUGUUGGGAGAGAGGCCACAGCAGCUACCCUUGACAGAGCAUAUCCAGGUCUGCAAGAACUUAACUCAAGCUUUAAUUCAAGCCUGGAAACAAAUUCUUCUGGGAACCCUAAAUUCGUCAAGUGCCGUUCACCUGAACUAGAGACUUUUUCAUGCCAUUGGACAGAUGGGGGUCAUGGCUUAAGGAGCGCAGGAUUUUUGCAGCUGUUUUAUUCUAAAAGGAACACUCGUGAACAGACCCAAGAAUGGAGAGAAUGCCCCGAUUAUGUCUCUGCUGGAGAAAAUAGCUGUUACUUCAACUCAUCGUAUACCUCCAUUUGGACUCCCUACUGUGUCAAGCUAACUAGUAAUGGUGGUAUGGUUGACCAGAAGUGUUUCUCUGUUGAGCAAAUAGUGCAACCUGACCCGCCCACUGCCCUCAACUGGACUAUAAUGAACACCAGUGCGACAUCAAUUUAUGGGGAUAUUCAAGUGAGGUGGGAGCCACCAACCAGUGCAGACGUUCAGAAGGGAUGGAUAGUGCUGGAGUAUGAACUUCAAUUCAAAGAAACAAAUGAAACUCAGUGGAAAAUGAUGGACCCUGUGAGGUCAACAUCAGUUCCUCUAUACUCACUGAGAAUGGAUAAAGAAUAUGAAGUGCGUGUACGAUCCAGACAACGAAACUCUGAAAAGUAUGGUGAAUUCAGUGAUGUGCUCUACAUAACACUUCCUCAGUUGAGCUCACUUACAUGUGAAGAAGAAUUCCAGUUACCAUGGUUCUUAAUUAUGAUCUUUGGAAUAUUUGGGCUAACCGUGAUGCUAUUUGUGGUCAUAUUUUCUAAACAACAAAGGAUUAAGAUGCUGAUUUUGCCCCCAGUUCCAGUUCCAAAGAUUAAAGGCGUUGAUCCAGACCUCCUCAAGGAAGGAAAAUUAGAGGAGGUGAACAAAAUCUUAGCCAUUCAUGAUAACUCUAAGCCUCAAUUCUACAACGAUGACUCUUGGGUUGAAUUUAUUGAGCUAGAUAUUGAUGACCCGGAUGAAAAGAUUGAAGGAUCAGACACAGACAGACUUCUCAGCAGUGACCAUCAGAAAUCUCUUAACAUUCUCGGGGCAAAGGAUGAUGACUCUGGCCGUACCAGCUGCUAUGAACCUGACAUUUUGGAGGCUGAUUUCAGCGCCAGUGAUGUGUGUGAUGGCACCUGUGAGACUGUUCAGUCAGACAAGUUAAAAGGAGAAGCUGAUCUCUUGUGCCUUGAUGAGAAGAACCACACUAACUCACCUCUCGAUGCGUCGCCUGACCCUCAGCAAGCCAGCGUCAUCCCAGCAAAGGAAGACAAACCACAACUGCUCUUUAUUGGUAAAACUGAGUCAGCUAACCAAGAUGCCCCUACACAGAUAAGCAAUCCUAGUUCACUGGCAAACAUGGACUUUUAUGCCCAAGUAAGCGACAUUACACCAACAGGGAAUGUGGUCCUCUCACCAGGCCAAAGGAAUAAAGCAGGACUGUCCCAGUGUGACAUGCAUCCAGAAGCAAACUUCAUCAAAGACAAUGCCUACUUCCUCAAGGGAGAUGCCAAACAGCGCAUCGUCAUGACCUCUCCCACCGAGGUCAAGACACAUGAAGGGCCAAGCUUGAAACAGGAGGAUGCUUAUGUCACCACAGAAAGCCUUACCACUGCUGCUGAGAAGUCCAGGGUUGUGGAACAAGCUCCAGGCUCUGAAAUGGCUCUCCCAGAUUAUACCUCUGUUCAUAUAGUGCAGUCUCCACAAGGCCUCAUCCUCAACACGGCUGCCUUGCCCCUGCCUUUGCCUGACAAAGAAUUUCUCUCAUCGUGCGGCUACGUGAGCACAGACCAACUGAACAAAAUCAUGCUGUAGCCUCCUUCAGUUUCCCGGAAGUGACAUAUUUCAUCGCAAAGAAUUGGCUAGGGCCUGAGGGCUUAAAUGAAACGAUGUUUUCUUGGGAGAGUGCGAGGGUGGGUAUAGAAUCUAAAUGCCUUUUCCUGAAAUGUUGAAAUAUCAUAUUGAAAUGAAAAAAACGAGAAUGUUUAAUCAGAUAGGGAUUCCCUUGUGAAUUGUAAAUAUUUUAAAUUGCCUCAAAGACUGUUUAGUGCAGUAAUUGUCUUAUUAUUGUGGUGUUAAUUUUGUGAUACUGAGGAUUAAAUGGCUACCCCUUUAAUGUACAGUUUAAAACAGCAAAAUGAAGUCAGGUGGCUUUUGCAGUUCAGGAUUUUGAGUACAAGUCAUAGCACAGGCUAAUUUUUUUUUUCUUUUAAUUAACUUGGAAGUAAAACUUCAGGCAAGAAGCCAAAAAUAGUUUGGAUAUAUAAAACAUUUAUUUUGACAUAAAAUUGAUAAAGAUAUUUUUAAUAAUUUAGACUUCAAGCAUGGCUAUUUUAUAAUACACUACAUACUGUGUACUGUAGUUCACAAUGACUUAUCAAAAAGAAUAUAGAACAACUACAGUGUAACGCUGGUUUAAUGCUUUGUUCUGUGCACCUAAAGAAAAGCAAACAAGUUAGUUUUUUACAGCGUCCUUUUUAUAUCACCCAAAACUUCUUAAAUAAUUCUAAAAGUCUAGUAACCUGCAUUAUUGGAACAUAUUCACUGUAUCUGAAUUUUUUUAAAAAAAAUAUUUUUUAAUUUAGAAAACUUUAUGAAAAUGUUUACACUGAUCAACAUACCAUAAACCAAAAAAUACAGGGGGGAAACCCCUUUCUUCAGCGAGUUUCUGUUCAAGCCACAGAGCUGUGCAAUAAGGGAAGCAGAGGUCAGGCUGGUUCUGGUGGGCCAGGAGGCUUCAGUGCUCUGAGGGGAGGGAGCAAGAAGGAAGCUCCAGCACCUCUGCAGUGGUGUCCCUUCCAACACAACUUGGUUUUAUUUCAUAGUUACCUAAGAAGAGGAGAAGGGAUAGGCUGCUGGGACAGAAAGCCCAAGAAACAGGUCUUGGUUUCACAGCCUAGAACCAGAUGCAUACUCAGCACUCACAGUAUCACGGGACAGAAGAGACAAGGUUUUCUAGCCCAAAGAAUAACUCAAGAAUAAUUAGAUCAGCAGCAGAACCUUCUGCAUUAAACUUUUUACAGGAUUUAUUUUUAAAAGAAAAAAAAAUCAUCACUUUUUAUGUCCUUUCAAAAGGUCUGGCCUCAAGCCACAGUCAGAAUAAAAAAUAAAUAAAAAACACAACAAAGGCCUAAGUAGUAUAGAAAUUUGUUUCAGUUCCUCCAUAACCUCAACAUCAUUUGUUAGGAUAGCUCCCUAAAAGGUUCACGAGAGAGAAAAUCAGUUCAUCUCACUGAAGAAUACUUCUCAUUUUCAGUAGUUUUUGAAAAACUUAAAAUUUUAAAGUUAGCUUUGAUUUAAAUAGUAUUUGACAUUUAUCUCAGACCUUUUGGAAGCUUAGUUGUUGGUGAUUUUAAUUCCCACUUUCUUGCAGGAAAAACAGUGAAAUUCAUUUAAUAGGUUUUCCGCUACCUUGCUGCUAUGGUUUUCUCCAGGAGCUACAUCAUUGAGUUUUCAUAUAAAAUAUCAUUCAUGUAGAACCUAAUUCAACUUACAGCUGUGUGUUUGAAAGAACUAUCUUACUUUACAAUAGGCUAAUCACAUUUCUAUAGCCAAAAAAUAGUUAAAUACCUCAAUCAGUCUCAGAAUGUCAUUUUGGUACUUAGCUGGCCACACAAGCCAUUAUUCACUAGUAUGACUAGUUGUGUCCUGCAGUCUAUAUUUAACUUUCCUGAUGUCUGUGGAUAUAUUCCUUCAAAGUUUAAUAAAUUUAUUUUCUUGGA